AUGUCGACCACAGUUGAGAAGAUGGCACGGACGCAGAAGAAUAAGGCGACGUCCUAUCAUAUUGGACAGUUGAAGGCUAAGCUUGCGAAGCUAAAGCGUGAACUUUUGACCCCAACCGGUGGUGGCGGCGGUGGAGGUGGUGCUGGUUUCGAUGUUGCUCGUACCGGUGUCGCUAGUGUUGGUUUCAUUGGUUUCCCUUCUGUCGGAAAGAGUACCUUGAUGAGCAGAUUGACAGGCCAACACUCUGAAGCUGCGGCCUACGAGUUCACAACCUUGACAACCGUGCCUGGACAGGUGCUAUACAACGGUGCUAAGAUUCAAAUUCUCGAUCUUCCCGGUAUUAUCCAGGGUGCCAAAGACGGCAAGGGUCGUGGUCGACAGGUUAUUGCUGUGGCGAAGACUUGCCAUCUCAUUUUCAUUGUGCUCGACGUCAACAAGCCGCUUGUCGAUAAAAAGGUCAUUGAGAACGAAUUGGAAGGUUUCGGAAUCAGAAUCAACAAGCAGCCCCCUAACAUCGUCUUCAAGAAGAAGGAUAAGGGUGGUAUCGCGAUUACUAGCACAGUCCCAUUGACGCAUAUUGACCAUGACGAAAUCAAAGCUGUCUUGAGCGAGUACAGAAUUUCUUCUGCAGAUAUUUCAAUCAGAUGCGACGCCACAAUUGACGACAUUAUCGAUGUUCUCGAGGCAAAGAGUCGGGCUUACAUUCCUGUCGUAUAUGCGUUGAACAAGAUUGAUUCUAUCACAAUCGAAGAGCUGGACCUGCUUUACCGGAUUCCCAACGCCUGCCCUAUUAGUUCCGAGCACGGCUGGAACGUUGACGAACUGCUGGAGAUGAUGUGGGAUAAGCUCAACCUCAGGCGAGUCUACACUAAGCCUAAGGGAAAGGCACCCGACUACACUGCACCUGUUGUGCUGAGAGCCAACGCAUCCACCGUUGAAGAUUUCUUCAAGCAGGCUAUUGUCUAUGGCCGCUCCGUUAAGCACCAGCCGCAGCGUGUGGGUCUUACACACGAGCUUGCAGAUGAGGAUAUUGUGACCAUUGUUAAGCGGUAA